UGCAAAAUAAAGGGAGCCCACUGCCUUGUUCUUCGUCGCUAUGUGGGGCUGUUAAGCGAAGGCGAAACAGGGUGUUCUUUAACUAUAAGAGGAGCGGGUGAUAUCAGCGGUAGCUCUGUGUUGUUCCUCCCGGACAGAGGCGCAUUGUCGGCGGACUGAUGCUGAAAGUCCUCGUUGAUAAGGGAGCACUUGGGGGCGCGCGGAGAAGACCAAAGGGGGACGCGAAAGGAAGGAAAGGAGGGAAGGAUAGAGGAGCAUUUUAAUACCAAAUCGGGACAAUGUUGAGCUAAGGGUCCGCUCCACCCCCCACCCCCCACCUCCUCCUUCUUCUUCUUCUUCUCCUCCCAAAUGCGUUUGUUCCCACAAUCGUUUUCCCGUUACUAAUUAGGCUUCUCCGCGUUUAGGAUAAAGCCAGCGGACCUCCUCCUCUCCAGCUCCGUUACCUGGGACCAAAAUGGAUCUCAGUAAAAUUGCUGUCAGCAUCAAUAAGGCCAUCAACACACAGGAGGUCGCUGUCAAAGAGAAGCAUGCCAGGACCUGCAUCUUGGGCACCCAUCAUGAGAAAGGCGCCCACACCUUCUGGGCCGCGGUCAACCGGCUUCCUCUCUCUAGUAAUGCGGUGCUCUGCUGGAAGUUCUGCCACGUCUUCCACAAGCUGCUGCGAGACGGACAUCCAAACGUGAUAAAAGACUCCAUGAGAAACAAGGCUGAUUUAACUGAUAUGAGCAGGAUGUGGGGUCACCUGAGUGAAGGCUAUGGGAAGCUGUGCAGCAUCUACCUCAAACUGAUCAUCACCAAAAUGGAGUUUCACAUCAAAAAUCCACGUUUCCCAGGCAACCUUCAGAUGUCAAACAGACAGCUCGACGAGGCGGGAGAGAACGAUGUAAACAACUUCUUCCAGCUGACAGUGGAGAUGUUCGACUACCUGGAGUGUGAGCUCAACCUCUUCCUCGGUGUAUUCAGCUCUCUCGACAUGUCUCGGUCUGUGUCGGUGACGGCGGCGGGUCAGUGUCGCCUGGCCCCUCUCAUCCAAGUCAUCCUGGACAGCAGCCACCUGUAUGACUACACCGUCAAGCUGCUGUUCAAGCUGCACUCCUGCCUUCCAGCCGACACUCUCCAGGGUCACAGAGAUCGCUUCCAGGAACAGUUCAAGAAGUUAAAGAGUCUCUUCUAUCGCUCCAGUAACCUGCAGUAUUUCAAGAGGCUCAUUCAGAUCCCACAGUUGCCAGAGAACCCUCCUAACUUCCUGCGUGCGUCAGCUCUGUCGGAGCACAUCAGCCCCGUGGUCGUGAUCCCCGCCGAGUCGUCGUCCCCGGAGUCGGAGCACGUGGUAGAGACAGACGACCUGGUGGACACAGACCUCCCUGUUCUGCCGGCUUUUCAGGCUCCAGUGGAGACCAAGUUUGACGACCUGUUUGGCACCUCAGCUGCUAUAGACCCCUUCAACUUCAACAGUCAGAACGGCAUGCGGAAGGACGACAAAGACCGUCUGAUUGAACAGCUAACGAGGGAAAUCCAGGCUCUCAAAGACGAGCUGGAGUCUUUCAGGCUGGAGAGUGGUCGUUUGUGCCAGGCGCUGCGGGGGCGUGUCAACGAGCUGGAGGCGGAGCUAGCAGAGCAGAGCCACCUGAGGCUGCAGGCUGCAGGAGAGAGCGAGUUCUUGAAGGCGGAGCUCGACGACCUGCGGAGGGUCAGAGAGGACACGGAGAAGGAGCAGCGGAGCCUGACAGAGAUAGAGAAAAAGGCUCAGGCCAACGAGCAGCGCUACACCAAACUGAAGGAGAAAUACACAGAGCUGGUUCGGAGUCAUGCAGACCUGUUGAGGAAGAACGCAGAGGUGACACGACAGAUGACGGUGGCGCGGGCGGCUCAGGAUGAAGUGGAGGCAGUGAGGAAAGAGAUGCAGGACAAGGUGAAGGCUGCUCAGGAGACUGCAGACAGACGGGAGAGGGAGCAGCUGGAUCAGCUUCAGGAGCUCCAGAGGGAGCUGGUGUCCAGCAGGGUGGAGCUGGACUCCUUGAAGACCACCGUGGUCUCAUCCCAGCAGUCGAGUGAUGUCCUCAGCACCCAGCUGGCCACCCUGGAGUUGGAGAAGGCAGAGCUUGUGCAGUCCUUGUCAAAGGUGGAGGCAGAGCUGGCUGUCCAAGGGGAGGAGCUACAGCAAGUGCAAAGCUCUCUGGCAUCGGAGAGGGAGAAUGGAGUGAAGACGGCAGAAGCGCUGCAGAAUCAGCUCAAUGAAAAGGAGAGCAGGGAGCAGGCGUUGGAGAGCCAGCUGGUUGCAGCUCGCUGGUCCAGUCUGCAGGGAGCCGUGGAGGAGGCGGAGAAGCUCAUCCAGGACUCUCUGGUUCAGAUAGACGACCCGGCACACAUCAGCUGCACCAGCUCUGCAGACUACCUUGCAUCCAGAUGUCAGGCCUCCAUAGAUUGUAUGGAGCGGCUGCACUCUGCCAGAGAUUCCUUUGUAGCUGACAACACAGCUGUUUCUGAGCUGGUGCGAGUGGUGACCCAGUGUGGCCACCUGGUGGGCGACACCAUCGUUCAGGGUAGUGCCACCUCCCACAUGGUGCCUGUGGAGCAAGCUGAUGCCCUGUCAGAGAGCGUGAAGGCAUGCGGGGCUGAAGCUCUGGAUCUGCUCAGCCACAUGAAGCAGCAGGACAGCAUAGCGGCAGCAGACGACUGCAAGCUGAAGGCAGCGCUGGAGGCCAUCCUGACCACUGCAGAGAAACUGCGUCCCCGAGGUUUGGAGCUACAGCAGGGGGAGCUGGGAGAUCUCGUGGAGCAGGAAAUGGCUGCCACUUCCGCUGCUGUGGAAUCGGCGGCUUCCAGGAUAGAGGAAAUGCUCAACAAGUCUCGAGCAGUUGAUACAGGAGUCAAGAUGGAGGUCAAUGAGAGGAUUCUGGCCUCCUGCACAGAGCUGAUGCAAGCGAUCAAAGUGCUCGUUGUGUCUUCCAAAAAUCUGCAAAGGGACAUUGUGGAAAGCGGCAGGGGGGCAGCCUCCAUGAAGGAGUUUUAUGCCAAGAACUCCCGCUGGACUGAGGGCCUGAUCUCUGCCUCCAAAGCAGUGGGAUGGGGCGCUACGGUCAUGGUAGACGCCGCUGAUCUGGUGGUGCAGGGCAAAGGGAAGUUUGAGGAGUUGAUGGUGUGUUCACAUGAAAUAGCUGCCAGCACAGCACAGCUAGUGGCUGCAUCUAAGGUAAAAGCAGACAAAGACAGUGGCAACCUGCAGCGCCUGCAGCAGGCGUCCCGCGGUGUAACACAGGCCACUGCAGCUGUCGUAGCCUCCACAAAGUCUGGGAAGUCUCAGAUUGAAGAGAAAGAUACGAUGGACUUUUCCAGUAUGACACUGACCCAGAUCAAACGACAGGAGAUGGAUGCACAGGUUCUGGUCCUGGAGCUGGAGACUCGUCUGCAGAAGGAGCGAGAGCGUCUUGGCGAGCUGAGGAAGAAACAUUACGAGCUGGCCGGGGUUGCAGAGGGCUGGGGGGAGGAACAAGAGGGCACAGGUUGAGGCCUACAUCCCCUGUCACCCCCUCCUCUUCUCUCUGCCUCCUUCUAUUUAUACACACACUCUUCAGUCCUUUUUCUCCCUUUUUUUUUUCUCCUUCUCUGUUUUCUGUUCAUCUAAGCCAAAUUCAAAGGUGCUUCUUUUCUAUUACCUGCUUCUCCACCCGUGUCCCAAAGCUUCCAUUGAGGAUGGCACCAAGGGCUCAGCGACAGAGGAGGGGCAUCGAAAGGGAAGAACAAAUGGAUGUAAUGAUUUAAAAAAAAAAAAAAAACACCCAGACUUCACAGCUUCAAACCCCCCCCACCUGCCACCCCCCCAGAGGACUGUGUUGGUGUAAAGAAAAAAAUCAAAUCAAAAUGGAUCUAUUCUAUCAAGUAUUUAUUGCCAUUUCCUUCCCCGUUUUGGAUAACUCUGCUCCAUCCAGGAGUCGCAGCAGAAACGCUGCAAGCACAAGUUCUACUCAAGAUAUCCCAGGAUGCACUGCACAAGGGUCUAGCUCUCAGCAGGAAUACAGAGAGGAGGGCUCGGAGACUGUUGCUGCCCUACCCCGGCCUCAAAAAACCAUGUCUCUGUGUUACAUAGAUGGCAUGCAUGCAGUGUUUUGUAACAAGUUGUGAGCUUACAAAGCUGCUCUUCAUGUGUCAGUGCAGUUUCAUAGCUUCUUCCUCUUCUUUCUUCACUGUGAGUUUUCACCGUGUUAAGUCCACACUCGCUUCACCGGCUGGUUCACUGGACUUUCUGCCUUUCACCUCUUCACCGUUUGUACCGACUGUGACUGUUAACUCAAGCUGAACCCCAGUUUUUAUUUUUAUUUUCUUUUGUGGUAUUUUUAUUGUGCUAAUUUUUAACAGACACUCGCAUGGAAACUCUUUAAAAGGGCAGUUUCAGAACAGGAAAGUGGCACCGUUUUUUAAAAAAUUCUUCUCCUCGUGAGCUGUAAGACGAGCAUCUACCUCAUGCUACAUCGACAGAGGUAGCGGUGCAUCAUGGGAGGAUUCUGAUGAGAGUGCCCAGACAUGAUGACAGGGGGUCAUUUUUGGUCCAUUUUCUUUUGAAUUGGUUGAGAGUGUUUUUAUAUAGAAAAAAGGAACAACACUUUGGUGGUUGGGUAUUUGUCCUUUUAGCAUCAACAGCUCAAGUCUGGUAAGAAUAGCAAAAGUUGUAAAAUAAGCUUUUACAUCGUCAUCUGUAAUUUUUUUUUGAUUUCUUUUAAUGUCAGUGGUCCAGCAGCACUACAACAAAUCUGACACACAAGCGGCCGCAGCUUUGGAUUUGGAGCUGGCAUUCAGUCACGUGAUGAAAGUGCAACACCACUUUGCUCCGAAAGGAAGUCCUUAAACGUUUUUGAGUCAAACCUGAAUGUUACUUUUGGGAAGUUUGGGGCUGCACAAACCUUUUAUCUUUAAAAAGUGUAAGAUUUAUCGAGUGUUCCGCAUGAUCCUGCCUCUUCAAAUAACCCUGCAGGACCGAUGUUUGUUUGCUCAAUCCUUCAUUGGACCACAGUGAACUCUUGAAGUAUGCAGUACACAGACUGCAGUGUUUUCAAAUGCUUCCUCAAGACCAAGUAGCUGUGUAAAUAAACUAAAGGCCUUUUAUUGUUGGAAGUCAUCUCUGGUUUCAUCUAAAAGCAUCACUUCUCAUCUCUUUAAAUACACAACUCAGUUCAAUUGAAUUAGGGAUGAAAAUGGUGCACAUUAAAGCUACAACUAAUAUAAGAACCUUUGCUUCUAUAAGAGGUUGGUGUUAAACCAAUGUUCUUAGCGAGACUGAUGAAAGGACUCUCAGCCUGCAGCCAGUGGACUCUGAGAAGGCUGAUCAUGCCUUUGGACGACGUAGGCCUCUGUUUUCAACCCUGUCACCUUAUUUCUUGUGUCUGCUGUUUAACACUCGACUCAGUGAUGAGGAUUUUUCCGUCUCUCUCUGUGGCUUAGCGCACUCUGUUUAGAUGCUCCGCCUCAGCUGUGCCUGUGUGUAUCGUAAAAAGUAGUGACACUGGUUUAUUUAACAGACGCUGGUCUAAUAGUGUUUGCGUACAGUUCCUUGAGCAGCAGGUGAGUGUGUCGAAGAGAAAUGAGAAAUGUGUUUGAUCAAUCAGAACUUUGCCCAUGUGCUACUCCAAACAGGCUCAAACAAACAGCAGGUAUUAUUUGCAGUUCUGCUGUGUGCAGGUCUUUGUGUUUGGUAAUGAUUUUAGACGAUUCUAUCAUUUCUUGAGGUUGGGCAAAACUGAAGUUGAGGUAAAGAAAACUUGGGGUAAUACAUAAAAGGACGGAUCAAGCUUCUUAACAGUAUUUCAAGUGUCUUUGCAGAUGAAUUGAAAGCACCUUGAGUGAUGUCUGGAUGUAUUUUUUUGCCUGAAUAGUCUUUGUUAAUCUCUCCUCUUUGUGUCUUCUCUCUCUCUCUCUCUCUCUCUCUCUCUCUCUCUCUCUCUCUCUCUGGGGUCUGUGUCUGUAUUCGUACCAGCUCAGCCAGCCUUCAAACUGCCUCACACUGUAGUCAAAGAGAAACAAAUACUCACAUAGCAACAUUGAAAUAUGUCUUUGUAUGAUAUACUAAAACUAUGUUGGUGGGUUUGUUUUUAUUUUUUCAGUUUUUGAAAUAAAUAUUUCAACUUGUUAAAACAGA